CGCAUCUGUUCCUUUCAAAUCGGGGUCGACUAACACCGCAGCGAGUAGCUCUAGUGUUUCAAACUCUUGAAAGGAAUACAACUACUGGAAAGCAGAGCCGCUUUCCAGUAUGGGAGUGUGACGCCCGGAGCUACUCGGGGCGUUGAGCCCCCGAGCUGUACGUACUCGUCAACCUAUCAGCUGUCACAUCCGCCGGUGGCUAUUUAUCUAUUUAUUUCUUGUUAUUAUCUCAAGAUUGAACAUUUUAAAAUAUAUAGUUUUGAUUCUCUUUCAUUUUUGAUAAAUAAAAAAACAAACUGCACAAACAGAUAAUUAUUUUUAAAAUUUGACAUUUUUGACACUAAGACAGGCGCCUCACGCCAUGAUACUAGAACGGUACAAAUUUAGUGCGUGGCGCCCCUGAGGUGCUCUAGAGCGCGCCAAUGUGCAUACUGGAAAGCGGCUCUGGAAAGCGGCUCAGCUCUGACAAGCGCCACCACUGGAGUGCGUUCGAAAUCACCCUGGGCGUCACACCGAGUGCACACCAGCCAUGAAUAAUUCAUGGCUGGUGUGUACUCUGUGUCACGACUAAGGCGAUUUCGAACGCACUCCCGGUUAAAAAAUGUCUAGUGCCAUCUAGUGGGUAACCCCCGAGCUUGAGCUAUGUAUUGGCUUUGAUGAUUUGUUGAAAUUUCUAGAAUAGUGCAGAAUUAUUACAGAAUUGAAUGGAUGUGUUUAUUGAAUUUUCUAGAUUUUAUACCAAUUCCAUAUUGAUUUGAUUAUGAUUUAUGAACUUGAUUUAUUUAUUGUAAAAUGACAAAAGGCAUUAGAAUCUGACAAACGAACAACGCCGUCAGAUUUUAAAACGAAGUUGAAGCGUGUGCACGAGCGUGAAAGCCCUUGUGGUAUUUUCAAAGCGAAUUUUCCAAGCUAUUCAACCAAAACUUGUGGUUUUUUGAGUUUUAUUGAAGAAUUAAAUAGUUAAGAUGCCAGAAGAAACUGACGUCGAAACUUUCGCCUUCCAGGCUGAAAUUGCUCAGUUGAUGAGCUUGAUCAUCAACACUUUCUACUCCAACAAAGAAAUCUUCCUUAGAGAAUUGAUCUCCAAUUCUUCAGAUGCCUUGGACAAAAUCCGUUAUGAAUCGCUCACCAACCCUUCCAGGUUGGACUCUGGCAAAGAUCUUUUCAUCAAGAUCAUUCCCAACAAAGCGGAAGGAACCUUGACCCUUAUCGAUAGUGGUGUCGGUAUGACUAAAGCUGACUUGGUCAAUAACUUGGGUACCAUCGCCAAGUCUGGAACCAAAGCCUUCAUGGAAGCCUUACAAGCUGGUGCUGACAUUAGCAUGAUUGGUCAAUUUGGUGUUGGUUUCUAUUCUGCCUACUUGGUUGCUGACAAAGUUGUAGUUGUAUCUAAACACAAUGACGACGAGCAAUAUAUCUGGGAAUCUUCUGCUGGUGGCAGUUUCACAAUUCGUCCUGACCAUGGGGAACCACUCGGCCGUGGUACCAAAAUCGUUUUGCACAUCAAGGAAGACCAAACUGAAUAUUUGGAAGAAAACAAAAUUAAGGAAAUUGUCAAGAAACACUCUCAAUUUAUUGGUUACCCAAUUAAAAUGCUUGUAGAAAAGGAACGUGAAAAGGAACUAAGUGAAGAUGAAGCUGAAGAUGAAAAGAAAGAGGGUGAAGAGGAAGACAAAGAUAAACCAAAAAUUGAGGAUGUCGGUGAGGAUGAAGACGAAGACAAAAAAGAAGAGAAAAAGAAGAAGAAAACUAUCAAAGAAAAAUAUACUGAAGAUGAAGAACUGAACAAAACCAAACCAAUCUGGACCAGAAACCCAGAUGAUAUUAGCCAAGAAGAAUAUGGUGAAUUUUACAAAUCCCUCACCAAUGACUGGGAAGACCAUCUUGCAGUCAAGCACUUCAGUGUUGAAGGUCAACUGGAAUUUAGGGCUCUAUUGUUUGUCCCACGUAGAGUGCCAUUCGAUUUAUUCGAAAACAAGAAACGCAAAAACAACAUCAAAUUGUAUGUCCGACGUGUAUUCAUCAUGGACAAUUGCGAAGAACUUAUUCCAGAAUAUUUGAACUUCAUCAAGGGUGUGGUUGAUUCUGAAGACUUACCUCUUAACAUUUCUCGUGAAAUGUUGCAACAAAACAAAAUCUUGAAAGUUAUCCGCAAAAACUUAGUAAAGAAAUGUAUGGAACUGUUUGAGGAAUUGACUGAAGACAAAGAUGGCUACAAGAAAUUCUAUGAACAAUUCUCAAAGAACUUGAAAUUGGGUAUCCACGAAGACACACAAAACAGAUCAAAACUUGCUGAUCUUUUGCGUUACAACACAUCUGCCAGUGGUGAUGAAGCUUGCACCUUCAAAGACUAUGUAAGCCGCAUGAAGGAAAACCAAAAGAGCAUUUAUUACAUCACUGGUGAAAGCAAAGACCAAGUAGCCAACUCUGCCUUUGUAGAACGUGUCAAGAAGCGCGGAUUUGAAGUAGUUUACAUGACUGAACCAAUUGAUGAAUAUGUUGUCCAGCAAUUGAAAGAAUACGAUGGUAAACAACUUGUAUCUGUCACCAAAGAAGGUUUAGAACUACCCGAAGAUGAAGAAGAGAAAAAGAAGAGAGAGGAAGACAAGGCUAAAUUUGAAGGCUUGUGCAAAAUAAUGAAGAGCAUUCUGGACAGCAAAGUUGAAAAAGUUGUUGUCUCAAACCGUCUUGUAGAAUCUCCUUGUUGUAUUGUCACAUCACAAUACGGCUGGACCGCCAACAUGGAACGUAUCAUGAAAGCUCAAGCCCUUCGUGACUCCUCUACCAUGGGUUACAUGGCAGCCAAGAAACACCUUGAAAUUAACCCUGACCAUCCAAUUAUUGACAACUUGCGUCAAAAGUCUGAUGCAGACAAAAAUGACAAAGCAGUCAAAGAUUUGGUCAUCCUGUUGUUUGAGACUGCAUUGUUGAGCUCUGGUUUCUCGUUGGAAGAACCCCAAGUGCAUGCUUCCCGCAUCUACAGAAUGAUCAAGCUAGGUUUGGGCAUUGAUGAAGAGGAAGUUAUGUUGACUGAAGAAGCACCUGCAACUGAAGCUCCAGUUGAAGGUGGAGAUGCUGAAGAUGCUUCCAGAAUGGAAGAAGUUGAUUAAAGUUGCUUUCAUGUUGUGGGACAUGUGUUGUAAUGUGUUCCGGAAUUCCCAAUUUUUGUACUGAUUUUUAUUUAUUUUUUAUUAUGGUAAUGUAAAGUUUCAUUUCUUACAUAGAUUUCUUUCAGCCUUUUAACAACUGAAUAUUUGUUUUUUGUUUUUUUGGCUGUGUAAAGUUUACUUGUAAAGUUAAUAAACGAUUCCCCAAAUAAUAUUUUGAGUUUUUUCUGUGUUAAUUUAAUUUUCAGGUACCUACUUACUUAACUGAAAAAAAUUCAAG